UUAAUGCCUGACGUUUGUAAUAAGUGGUGUGUGCAGUUAAUUUAUAGAAAAAACAAUAUUGGCAAAAUCAUUUGCCAUGUGCAAAUGCGCACAAACUUUUGCGGUCGAACAUUUGAAUGGAUGUUAAACAAACCCCCCUUCCCUGCGCCGCUCUGUUAGUCGUUGACAUAAUAUUGUGCAUCAGCACUGCGAGUGGCAGAAUACCGUACUACUAUAGAGACCUAAAAAUCAACGUAGGUUUUGCAGCAUUGAGAUUGGUCUCCUUCCCUCUUACUCCGUGACUAAUGACUGCAGCAUCUACGGCCAGUCUGGGCAAAUAACAGGCUGCGCAACGUGGGGUAGUGGUGGGGUGAAUACAAGUCCAUACUAGUCAUACUAGUUGAAGCAGGUUGAAAAAGUACUAUAUUUAUACAAAUAGUUGUGAGAAGAAAUAAAACGGUUGAUCGACAGAGGAAGAUCCGGACAGUUAAUCAUCAGCCUGAAGAUAUUACGUUGAUACCUGGAGUAGCACUUGAAAAAAACGUAGAACGAUUACGAUACGAGAUGCCGCGCAACUCCAACACCCAACAACAACCUCUCCGCUGGCAGUUCCCGUUUCAUUAGGAUUAUUUAAUCGGACCUGAGCGACGUCGUUCCGUUAUAUGCGCCGCGAGGCCUGUAUUUGAAACCAAUUGCCAAAAUUAAUGUAUCUGUUAAUCUACCUCAACUGAAGAUACCAGGUAAAAUAUCAACCGAGCUGCCGCGUAACGCUGAUGUCGAUAAUAGUCGGGGAUCUUUUACAGUUAUCAAAUACAACAACGUUGAAUAUUAUUCGAUCCAUUUUUUCUUGUCUCAAUUCUGUUGAAUCGCAUGAUAUUUCAUACAUGUAUUGGCGGUAUUGGUAUUUCUUUACCUAGAAAGUGAAAUGAUGGUGUUACAUUGCAAAAAUCGGCAGGUCUUACAGCGCAUUGGUAUGAAAUAUAAACAGGCAAAACAAUAUCAACAUGGGAGGUAAUGGAGAAGAUACGCGUCCUGGUUCGUCCCGACCAAUUCUCAUCACUGAAAGUAACGAAAAGUACAUUGGAAUUUGUGAGACUGGAGGGCGAUCUGGAAGACAAAUGCAGACUUCAGCAGGUUCUCGCCAGGCUAGAUUCCCAGCGUUUAAACCUAGCCGGAUUCCCAAAUAUCCUCAAAGUCCGGGCUGCAGAGGCCAAGGACGAGUUUCCGACCCGGCAUUCGUGGGACUCUUACUUCAGGGAUGCCAAACACAUGAACGAAUUAAAACCGGGCGAAAGACCUGACACCAUUCAUAUUACUGGCUUGCCAGUGAAGUGGUUCUGUGAGGAGGGGGCUGAAAUCCCCAGCGAGUCACUGGUCUCCAAAAUAUUCCGAAAAUGGGGACCCCUUCGGAGGGUCGAUGUCCCAGCUGCAGAUCCAUAUAGAUCAAGAAUGAGGCUUGGCACAAAUAUACAAAAAUUUAGUUUCGGCGAUGGGCUUUUCUUUGAUGCUUAUAUUCAGUACGUUGAGUAUAUGGACUUUGUCAAUGCUAUGGACGCCCUCCGAGGGAUGAAACUGUUGAAGAAGGAGCCACUCAAGUACCUUACGGCAACAAUUAAGGCUGAUUUUGACAAAACAAAACACAUGAACGACUCAAGCGUAGCCCAUCGGGAGUUUGAAAGAAAGCGACUGACUGCACAGGACAGCAUGGCAGCGGAAAAACUGCGUAAGAAGCAAGAAGCGAUUGAAUCACGCAAAGCAGAACAGAGAAAGCAAGAAGAAGCGAACAGUAACGCGAAGCAGCUUAGACGUCAGAAAAGAGAAGAAAAGCGUAAGCGAAAAGCUUUGACCAUUAUUCGAAAACAAGAAGAGGACAAGGUAUCCAUGAAAAUUGCCAGAGAGGAACGGAAACUGAUAAAGGCUCAGAGGCAGUUGGAGAGCAUACGAUUGCUUGACGAAUUGUUUGAUAGACUUAAGGUAAUGGUGAGAGUUGAGCAGAAGGAAAUUGAGAUCAAGAAAACUGAUACAGAGUCUAAAAAGGAUGUCAAAAAAUCAGAAAAGUUGGGCCAGCAAAAAACGUCAGAAAACUCGGAAUGUGAUGAGGAUAAAAAAAAAGAUCAAAAGAAUAAGAAAUCUAAAAAGAAAAAGAUUAAGAAGGACAAAAAGAAAAAGAAAAAACAAAAGAAGGACAAAAAAUCUGCGACGGACGAAGAUUCGGAUUACUCGGAUGACGGAGCAACGAAGGUAAAGAGCGUGCUUACUAGCGGCAUCGCCCUUCCAUCAUCCUCCUCAGGCCCGCUUUCAGUUGAUACUGCAGGUACGUAUCCAGUGAUGUACCCAAGCUUCGAUCCAGCCUGGUACUGGAACGGGGCCACAUCACCGUUAUUUUUCUCGCCAAUGAUGCGGGGAAUACCGAGAGGACCACCAAGAGGACGUUUUCUGCGUGGAAGAGGCAGGGGUUUCACCCCGUGGCGCGGCCAUUUCCGUCAGCCGCGUCCGUUCAACCCUCACGUCUACAACGAUCAGUACUACAAAUACUUUGCGAAGCUGACAGGGCAGGACUACCACGAUUUGGAUUUAGAGAGCGAUUGGGAACGCGACUCCAGGUCGAGAUCACAGAGUCGUAGGAGAUCCAGGACUAGAUCCUACUCCAGAUCGCGGUCAAGGAGCAGGAGGCGGAGUCGUAGUCGAAGUAGAAACAGGAGCAGGAGCAGGAGCAGAAGUCGGACGAGAAGUAGAAGCAGAAGUAAAAGUAGAACUAGGAGCAGGAGCAGGGGACGAGCCAGGAGCAGAACCAGGAGCAAAAGUAGAUCUCGUUCGAGGCGAAGAGGCGGGGCGAGGGCAAGGUCAGGCUCGCGACGCUCAAGGUCAAAUUCACGGACUAGGUCGAGGUCAAGGUCAAGGUCGAGAUCACGGUCGCGGAAAUUGAACAGGUCGAGAAGUAACUCUAGAACAAAUUCCAGCCGACGAAAGCGCAGAAGGAGAUCUGGAUCGCGAGUUAUGAUUACUCGGGCAAAGUCUCGUAGUGUUUCGCCCAAACAUAAAUCGCGCAGCAGUUCGUGGUCGCUUCCAAGAACACCGAACCGCAGGAGCUGUUCUUGGUCUAAGGACAUUGAUAGUCAGCCGAAGGAUGGCGGGGGAAAGAAGAAGAAAGAAGGAGAGAGAGAUAGAAGAAAGAAGAGCAGCACGGAGACGAGAAAGAAGGAUGAUCAUCGCAAUGAGACUGAUAGAGAUAAGAAAGUAAAUGCGAAAAAUGGGACUAUUGAGAAUGUUGAUAACGUUAGUACAACUAUUGCUGCUGCACUUCAAACUGAGGCAAUCACACCCGAUUGAUCAGGCGUUGUUGAUACUUUACUGUGAUGUGUUGGCAUACGGAAAGGCGAAGAGAGUAAGAAAUACUUGUAUAAUUAAGAAGUUGAGAGAUGUUUCGAUGAAUAAAAAAAGGUCUGAAAUUGCGA